AUGAACUUGGCAGUCUAUCCUGUCCAGACAGGUCACGUUUCGCUUGUUUACUGUCUAUUUUUGUUGUUUUAGAGUACUAUGUAAGCCAAGGGGUUCGGGGUUUUUUUCGCGUUUGAACGAAAUGGUUUCCCUUAUUUAUUUGCUCACAUGAUCGGGAACGGGCAAUUCCCCUUGGUUUUUGAAGGCCCUAUCAAUUUUUCUAGCCACUCACGGCCUGUCAAAUGGAGAAUGUUUCAAUCUGAUGUUGUUUAGGUCCUAAAAUGUGUAAUCUCUGAUGUUUCAUACGAAAAUUAUGAUGCCUUUUGCAGUUUGAAAGACGAAUUGUGAUGUCUUCUUUGUUUUUUUAUGAUUUCGAUAUGCUUUUUCGGGCAUUUUCAUCAUGCAAUUUCCGAUAUUGUCUAUGACACCUUUCAUUUUUUUUGAUUGUUCAAUUUUUAGAAAGUAACAUCAUGUCGACUGCCGAACAACUGGCUGAGGAAUUCGAGCGUGGCGAGAAAGACGUUGGUACCGGAUCCGUCGGAAAACGACCAAAGCCUGAACAGAGCGAGCACAAACAUGCUCAUCCCGAAGGAGACUCCCGCAAGAUCGUCGCCAACGCCAUGAACGGCGAAGAGAAGCGCAAGGAGCACAACAAAAAGGUCUAA